AGCUUUUUGGAAGGCCAACUUAUAAAGGUUCCACAAUUCUUAACUUUCCCUUAGAAAACAGAUUGACGGUUGUGAGGCUGACCAUGAGUGAAGAGAGGAGGGAGCAGAGGAUGGAGAGGAAAGAAUCAGGAGCAUCGUUUGAUGGUGAAAAAGUCGGGUCCCUCGUGAAUCCCAGGAAGUUCAGGGAUCAAGACUACUACUCCCUACGGGAGCAGUGUAUUCACAACAACUUCCAGGAUGAGACAUUCCCAGCAGAUUUGAACUCCAUUAGGUUGUCUGACGUGCAGGUGGUCAAAUGGAAGAGACCCUAUGAAAUCCAUCCAAAUCCUCAGUUUUAUGUGGAAGGAGUCAGUCGCUUUGAUCUUUGCCAGGGACGAGUAGGAGAUUGCUGGUUCCUGGCUGCUCUAGGAGCAUUGACGAUGAACGAGAACAUGUUUUCACAAGUGGUUCCAUCCAAUCAAAGUUGUCAACAAAAUUACUGUGGAAUCUUCCAUUUCCGGUUUUGGCAUUUCGGGGACUGGACUGAUGUUGUGGUUGAUGAUCAGCUUCCGACCGAUGAGAGGGGUAAUCUGAUUUUUGUCCACUCAAGUGACAAGAACGAGUUCUGGUGUGCACUGCUAGAGAAAGCCUAUGCCAAGCUCCAAGGAUCAUAUGCAGAUCUGCACAUGGGGCAAAUUUCGGAGGCGCUGGUGGACUUCACGGGAGGAAUACUGAUCGAUAUCGAACUGGCAAAAGCACCCGACAACCUCUGGCAGUGGAUGCAGAAAGCUGACAAUCAACGGCUGUUCAUGGGCUGCAGCACUCCAUCCGGGAAACUUGAGUUUAAAUUACCCAACGGGCUGUUGCUGACCCAUGCUUACACUGUCACAGGCAUCAAGGAGGUGUUGACCAAGAAUCAAAAAGAGCAACUGGUUCGAGUGAGGAACCCGUGGGGAAAUGCAGAGUGGAACGGAUCUUGGAGUGAUAACUCAAAGGAGUGGGACAUUGUUGACCCUAAAGUGAAGAAGAGGCUUCUUCUGAAUCGUAACGACGGGGAAUUCUGGAUGGCGUUGAAGGACUUCAUGGCUAACUUCAAAAGACUUGUGUUCUGUAGUCCUAAUCCUGAUUUCAUGAUUGACCAAAGUCAUUUGCAAUGGCACUAUGCCUGCCACCAGGAAAAGUGGGUGAAAGGUGUGACCGCUGGCGGCAAAAUGAGGUACAAGGAUACGUUCUGGAUGAACCCACAGUAUCUCUUCACUCUGAAGGAGGACGAUGUGGACCCCAGAGCCAAGACAUCGAUUGUCAUGGUGUUCCUCAUGCAGAAAUCCCGAGGCCAAUACCGCAAGCAGUACUCCCACCUCCCCAUCGCCUGCUUCCUCUUCAAGGUCCCACCUACAUCGCAGGUUCAGAGAGGCAAGAUGCCACCCACAUUCUUCACUGAGAUGACCCUGGUCAGGAGGCAGACACAGCUGAUGAGAGCCCGAGAGGUAGUGGAGAUCUUCCACCUGAGGCCUGGCACCUAUGUGCUGGUGCCCUGCACGGAAAUCCCUGGCAACGAGUGCGGAUUCGUCCUCCGCACCUUCUACCAGAAGAAGGAUGGUCCCAGAAAUAUGAAUUUCAACUCUAACCUUGAGAAAGCCAGCAGCCAGAGUCUACGCUCAAACAACACAACCCGAAGCUACAGUUUGUCUGAAAAUCAUUUCACCCCCAUGUCACCCAUUGCUUCUAAGACUACCUUCAAAUGGCCAGAGCGACAGUACAGCUGGUUUGAGGAUCACCCUGAGCCCAUCUCCCCCUCCUUCCCUGAGAGGCUGCACUUGAACAGCAUAACCCAAAGCCACAGUUCGUCUGAAAGUGAUCCUGUCCCCAUGUCACCCACUACUUUUGAGAAUCUGGAGAUCGAUGAUGGUUAUUUACAGAGGAUUUUAAAUGAAAACUUUCUGGAAGGUAAGCUAUAA